AGGAUACAUGGGGAAUUCAAAAUAUGAGAAUACUUUCAGAAGUCCACUGAUCAUGGGAUAUUCUUUUAUUAUUUUGCUCUCCUCAACAAUAGUCUACACCUCUGAUGUGAAUGUUGUUCAGGAGGAUCAUUUGAAAAUAGUUGGACCUGGAGACGAUGUAAACCUUACUUGCACCUUUUCAAGCAAUCUGCAGUCGACAGCAGCAUGGAUUAAACAGAAUGCAGGAGGAAAAUCCCAACAAAUUGUGACUUUUUAUUUAAUGCAACAAAGCAGCUGGAAUAAAGACUUUGAGAAAACAAAUCGUUUUAAUGUUGCCAAAGGAGUUGACAGUUUUAAUCUGACAAUUCUUAAGACAAAGACUUCAGACUCUGCAACUUAUUUCUGUGUAGUUUCAUCACAUUACAGCAUUGGAAUGGGUGCGGGCACCAGUUUACUUGUCAAAGAUGCAGCCGUAGGCACACACACAAUUCUUCAGCAGCCUAUGAUAGACACGGUUCCAUCAGGGGAUUCUGUGACUUUGCAGUGCAGUAUCUUAACUGAGAGUUGUGCAGGAGGACACAGUGUCUACUGGUUCAAGCAAAGUUUGGGAGACUCACAUCCAGGAGUCCUUUACACUAAUGGAGAGAGAAAUGGUCAGUGUAAGAAGAAUAAUGAGUUUCGUUCUAAAGCACAGAGUUGUGUCUAUAAUCUCCUGAAGAGGAACCUCAGCCAUUCUGAUGCAGGGAUUUACUACUGUGCUGUGGCCAUAUGUGGGGAGAUACUGUUUGGAAAUGGAACUGAACUGAAUUUUGGGGAGAGUGGUGAUGUGAUUCCAACUAUUCUUGCUCUUGGAACUUCAAACGUCAUGCUUUUGAUUCUUGCUGUUUUUCUUGGAAUAAAACUAUUUAGGUGUUCAAAUAAAGAUCCCAAGACUCAAGAGAAUGAAAGUGAAGACACCAUGAAUUAUGCAGGCUUUAGCUUUGCCCAGAAGCCUCUCAACUCUCAAAGGGCCAGAGCAAACAUCACUCAAGAGCAGUCUCUGUACGCACAGGUCAGAUCAUAUCAGUAGCAAACUCAGAGGAUUAUAGGAACAAGUAAAUCUAUGUUAAAAUGUAAUAGUCUGAAAAUGCUUUCUUUACUCAAACACUUGCCAAUUAAAUGUCAUUAAACAUUUAUUCUGCAGUUCUGCAAUAACUACAGAUGUUGGAAAAUAGCAAUUGUCUUAUCUGAACAGCAAGAGAAAGUUGCCUUUAGAAGGCCUGAGUUUAAGCCUAAAUGCUAUGCAAGCUUAAAUGAGUACAACAUGCUUCAGGACUUUAAUUUUAGGAGUUUAAUCUUUUAAUUUACAGUUUUAUUGUUUAAAAUAUACAGUAUAUAUUAGUGGUUGACAAUACAAUGCAGUCAUAUUACCAGGCUUUGCGAUUCAUAUAAUAUGUAUUUGAAUGUUACUGUAUUAUAUAGUCUUUGUACAGUACAUGUUCUGUACACAAACAUGUGUGGCCAUAAGGAUUAGAGUAAGAAAAGAAAAGCAAAGUCUUUUUGUGUACUUUUUUUUUUUUUUUUUUUUUUGCAUUCAUGCAUUUGUACACAAGAUUUCUAUCUGCCAAAUGAAUAAAUGUCAAAUUUAAA